AUGACCUGUUGGAGAAGCUACGCGAUCUCGGCUUGCUGCGGGGACCAGGCCUCCAGCCCUCUGCGUCGCCCGAUGCCGGUGGCUGGGGGAGGGGACGUCGCAAGCGUGCUGUCACGUCACUUGACAACAGAACGAACGACGGGAGUAACGGUACCGACACGCAGCACGCAGGAGGAGCUUCAGCAUACAGGAGGAACUUCAGCACGCAGGAGGAGCUUCAGCAUACAGGAGGAGCUUCGGCACACAGGAGGAGCUUCGGCACGCAGGAGGACCGAGUGUUCAACCUUCACACGGAAGAACGGCUGGCUUAACCGCAGUCACGUGACGGACUUCACUUCCGGUUUUAUUGCUGCUUUUUCUUCCGAGGAGAAUCUGGAGAGAAAGUACCGGAAUCCUCUGUUCAGCUACAGUCUCACUCCUUACACCGAGGAGCUUGUACAGAGGAGCAGCAGUGGAGCAGGAAGACAUCAGAGCUGGAAUGGUACCUCAGCAACGACUAACCUACGAGAGAACCAAAUGAUGAUGGAGCAGGAGGAGAACCGAAUGAUGUUGGAGCAGGAGGAGAACCGAAUGAUGUUGGAGCAAGAGGAGAACCGAAUGAUGCUGGAGCAGGGGGAGAACCUGAAGCUCAAACAUAAGAAUGGAUCUGAGCUGCUCAGUAACUUUCCCACUAGCUGGAACCGAUCAGUGUUUACUGGUCACUGGAGUCUGAACCACAGAUCAUUACACAUCAGGAGUAACGGUACCGACGUGCACCACGCAGGACUAUACGGGAGUAAUGGUACCGACGCGCACCACGCGGGACUAUACGGGAGUAAGGGUACCAAUGCACACCACGCAGGACUAUACGGGAGUAACGGUACCGACGCGCACCACGCGGGACUAUACGGGAGUAACGGUACCGACGCACACCACGCAGGACUAUACAGGAGUAACGGUACCGACGCGCACCACGCAGGACUAUACAGGAGUAACGGUACCGACGCGCACCACGCGGGACUAUACAGGAGUAAGGGUACCGACGCGCACCACGCAGGACUAUACAGGAGUAACGGUACCGAUGCGCACCACGCAGGACUAUACAGGAGUAAGGGUACCGACGUGCACCACGCGGGACUAUACGGCAAUAACGGUACCGACGCGCACCACACGGGACUAUACGGGAGUAACGGUACCGACACACACCACGCGGGACUAUACGGGAGUAAGGGUACCGACGCGCACCACGCGGGACUAUACGGGAGUAACGGUACCGACACACACCACGCGGGACUAUACGGGAGUAAGGGUACCGACGCGCACCACGCGGGACUAUACGGGAGUAAGGGUACCGACGUGCACCACGCAGGACUAUACAGGAGUAACGGUACCGACACACACCACGCGGGACUAUACGGGAGUAACGGUACCGACACACACCACGCGGGACUAUACGGGAGUAAGGGUACCGAUGCGCACCACGCAGGACUAUACAGGAGUAAGGGUACCGACGUGCACCACGCGGGACUAUACGGGAGUAAUGGUACCGACGCGCACCACACGGGACUAUACGGGAGUAACGGUACCGACGCUCACCACGCGGGACUAUACAGGAGUAACGGUACCGAUGCGCACCACGCAGGACUAUACGGGAGUAAGGGUACCGACGCGCACCACGCAGGACUAUACGGGAGUAACGGUACCGACGCGCACCACGCGGGACUAUACGGGAGUAACGGUACCGACACACACCACGCGGGACUAUACGGGAGUAAGGGUACCUACGCGCACCACGCGGGACUAUACGGGAGUAACGGUACCGACACACACCACGCGGGACUAUACGGGAGUAAGGGUACCGACGCGCACCACGCGGGACUAUACGGGAAUAACAGUACCGACACACACCACGCAGGACUGUACAGGAGUAAGGGUAUACACUAUACACUAUACAAUGACACGCUCUCUCACGUGCAUUCAGCCCAAACCACUGGCCUGCUUCAAGGGCGACUGCACUGUCUGGAUGUAGGAGACUGCUACAGGUGGGAGACUGCUUCAGGUGUCAUCAUGCAGGUUCAGCAGCAGGUUCUUGUUCGGCAGAUGUUUGUUUUGUCUCCUUUGCUCUGAAGUUUGAAGAAAACACAAAGAGAAGGGAAAUAGGACAUUACUCCAUCGUCACCUGAAGAACAGGAGCAAGAGACACAGUACAGCACUGAUACUUUCCAAGCAGCGCCGCCGGUGUCCUGCGCAUCAUUCCAGGUAACAUCUAUUGCAUUGC